AUGCCGGGGUUGAGCAACAAUCCCCCCAAAAACGGCUCACCCACACGCCGGGGUGUCAUAAACACAUCUCUUCCUGCCAACAGACCUGUUCCCCCAGAUGCUGUGGUAACGUUAACCGUUCCGGGGAGCAAUGACCCCCCUCCUCCCGCGCUUCCCAGAUCCCCUCUUCGAACUAUCAUCGGUCCCCCAAGCAGCAAUUUGGGCCUGGGGAGGCCGAGGCUGAUGAACAAUGGGGUCAAUGGGGUGCACGACACGAAUGGGAACGCGAUUGACCCGGCUGAUGUGGCCAACGGACAGCCUGUAACUGUCAGACCAACCACCUUACUCGGAUCACAACAGAAGAAUGUGGCGCCAGGUGGUGCGUCCAGGGUAGGAAUUCAGGCCGUCAGUGUGGCUAACGGCCAAGAGAACUCUGAAGACCCACCGUCCAGUGGGUUGAGGAGAAGCACUGGCCAAACGAACGGUGAUCCUCCCACGAACGGGGGGAGAAGAGCGAACGGUCAGACGAACGGACAGGAUAAGGUUUUUGAAAAGACGACGAACGCCUUGAAGAGGGAAGAUGCGAACAAGGCGACCAAUGGAAAUGGUGAGGGUAAAAAUGGAAAAGAUAAAAAUGGUAAUGGAAAGAACGGCAAUGGGACUAAGUCGCCGGCAAAAAGGCCGGCAGGUGCGGCAUCUCCCACCAAAAAACCAGCAGGUGCGGCAUCUCCGACAAAAAAACCGAACGGGAACGGCGCAACAGCUUCCCCGACGAAGAAAGCAAGCGGUACCACUUCACCAGUUAAGAAACCUGCGAAAGCCAGCAGCGACGACAAAUCAGACGAAAAGUCUUCUCCCAAGAAAGAAACUCCUCCAAAGACUUCUAAGGACUCACCCAAAAAGACUACAUCCCCUUCACCAACACGAAGACUCCCCAAACUCGAGUCUCCUACCAAAAAAACCACAUCUCCUUCACCACAGAGAAGGAAAGUAGUAGCUCCUCUGCCUUCUCCUAAAUUUUCUCGAAAAGGUGUUCCCGGUCAGUCGUCUCCGUCGAAACGACUGGUGCCUGGAAAGCCUCUUCCAAACGUUAGUAGACAACCACCCGGUACGUCCGAAUCCGUUAAGGAAGUAUCGGUUCAGGAAUCUGGUGAUGACGGCAAAUCUUCCGAUGACAAGUCUGAGAAGAAAAAACCUGAAAAUAUUCCAGUUCUUGACCGACUGCUGACCUUGUGCAAGAGAGGGGACUGGUUAGCAGUAGAGAGUCUUCUCAAUCAUCUGGAUGGGUUACAGAUACCAACCGAUCUUGUAGACGACGAAAUGGGUUACACGCCUCUCAUGUACUCGGUGAGGGACAACCGGGUCUUCAUGGCCGAGAGAUUCCUCGAAAUGGGCAUGGACGUCAAUAUCAAGGGCAAGGAUGGCAUCACGGCGCUCCACCUGUCAGCACAACAGGUUCGUGAGGACAUGGUGCGCUUGCUGCUCAAAUGGAGAGCUGAUGCUCUUGCCGCUGGAGGGCCGAAAGGUCAACUCCCACUCCACAUAGUGUGCGCACGCCCCACUGGUCAAGCACUCACACCUCUACAACUCCUACUCAAAGCCACAGGAAAGGAAGCACGACUGCUCAAAGAUAAGAAUGGCAACAUCCCAUUGAUGCUUGCCGUAGAAGUAGGCAACCACGGGGUCUGCCGAGAGCUUCUGAUGCAAGAUGCAAAAGAACAACUGUCCCAGCGUCGUCCCGACAUCAGGGACACCCCCCUUCACAUAGCAUCCCGGAGAAGGGACAUAGACCUCAUGCGACUCCUCAUCGAGAAAGGAUCUGCGGUGAACCUUCAGAACAGUGAGGGAAUGACACCUUUACAUAUCGCUGCCAUGGAAGGGGACGAAGGGAUGCUGAAAGUGCUGGGACAAGCCAAUGCGAGGGCCAACAUCCUGGACCGGAGAGACCGGGCGCCCUUGCACUUGGCGGCAGAGAGAGGGCACACCGGAUCGGUCGAGAUCCUGUUAGAAAAAUUCCACGCAUCAAUCACACAAAGAACUAAGGAUGGCAGCACACUAAUGCACAUUGCCUCUGCUGCCGGAUUUCCAGACAUUGCAUUGAUAUUUAUGAAGAAAGGAGUCCCAAUACACACUUCCAAUAAGAACGGUGCGAAGUGUCUCCACAUAGCGGCGGCGGCCGGCCAUGUGGAAGUGGUCAGAUCUCUCCUCAACAAGGGAGAGAACGUCGAUGUCAAGACCAAUGACGGAUGUACUGCACUGCACAUCGCCGUGCAAGGCUGUCAACCCCGCGUCGUCGAAACCUUACUUGGAUAUGGUGCGCAAAUACGACUCAAGGCUGGAAAAUCUGGAGAGACGCCGUUGCACAUCGCUGCACGGACUCCCGGAGGAGAAAAAUGCGCAGAAUUGCUUCUCAAGAGCGGAGCGGAAACCAACGCUGAGCAAGAAGAUGGUGAAACAGCCCUGCAUUUUGCAGCACGUUAUGGCCACCUCAACACCGUGGCGCUACUACUCCAAGAUAAGGCAGACGUCCAACAGAGAUCUGUGACAGGGGAAACACCAUUGCACGUAGCUGCACGGAAUUGUCACUAUGCGGUUGCUCGCAGUCUUCUAGACCACUGGAAAAAGAUACACCCCGAAGAUACGGGAUCUACACUCGUCAAUGCACAAAAUGAGCUUGGAGAGACGGUACUUCAUUACGCUAGUCUCGUCUCCAAAAGCCAGGCCCACUAUCCCACCGAAGAUAAGGACCUGGUCAAACUGCUGCUACAGUACGGCGGAGAAGUUAACGUACCCAACAGGGAUCAACGCAUGACGGCGAUCCACUACUGCAGUAAAGAAGGCAACGCGGACAUCCUCCAUGAAAUACUCAAUCUAAUUGACCCAACAAUGCUUCAAGGAGCUUGCAAUCGGAUUGCUUUGAAUGGAUGGACGCCGUUGUUGUAUGCUUGUCAGACGGGUCAUCCCCAAGUGGUGAACCUCUUACUGCAGAAUGCGGCCCGAGUGGACGUCUUUGAUGAAAAUGGAAAAGCAGCUUUGCACUUGGCGGCAGAAUUUGGACACGGCGAAGUGGUAGACAUCCUGCUGAAACACAAAGCCUUCGCCAAUGCCCGUAACAAAAAGGGGAUGACACCCCUUCAUCUGGCGGCUCGAAACGGGUAUACGGAGAUAGUCAGCAAGCUCGUCACGCAAUAUGGGGCAACCCUAGAUGCCCUCACGCUGACGAAGCGAACGCCUCUCCAUCUGGCGGCAGAAAAUGGAAAGUUAGACGUGUGCCAAGUGCUGCUGGAGAUGAAAACGGAUGCCAAUGCAAUUGAUCAGAGUGGACAAACUCCUCUACUGUUAGCUGCAGAAAACGAUCACCCAGAAGUAGUAAAACUUUUUCUCAGGCACAAACCGGAGUUGGUCUCCAUGGCUAAUGCCAAUGGCUUCACGUGCGCCCACAUUGCCGCCAUGCAGGGCAGCGUGGCCGUUAUCAAGGAACUCAUGAAGUUCAACCGGUCAAUGGUCACUUCUGCUAGAAAUCUCACCGGGAACACAUCCCUACACUUAGCAGCUGCCGGGGGGCACGCAGAGGUGGUGAAGGUGCUCCUCGAAGCAGGAUCUUCAGCAACCGAAGAAAACUCGGACGGAAUGACUGCAAUACACUUAGCUGCCAAAGAUGGACACGUCAAAGUCUUACAGGCUCUCAAAUCAGCAGUGUCCUGGAGGGUCUGCAGUAAAAAGACCGGCAUGACUGCACUGCACGUCGCAGCCAGUUGCGGACAAACGGAGUUCGUUCAGGAGAUGCUCACCCAGCUACCAGCUACAAUCGCCAGCGAAAGGCCCGGGGACACAACGCUCAGCGAUGACUACGGCUUCACUCCACUCCACCUAGCCGCCGAGUCGGGCCACGAGGGAGUGGUGAGGGUUCUCCUGAACAGUUCAGGCGUACAGACAGACGCAGCCACAAUCGUACAGGGUAUCUUACCCAUGCAUUUGGCGAGCCGGGGAGGCCAUCUAGCGGUGGCGGGCCUUCUGCUUAGUCGUUCUACCGCCCAAUUGCAGACGGCAGACAAGCAGGGCCGCACCCCACUCCACAUGGCGGCCGCACAGGGACACCGUGAGAUGGUCGGCCUCUUACUUGGACAAGGCGCUGACAUCAACGUCGCCGAUAACAACGGAUGGACAGCACUUCACUACACAUCAAGGCACGGUUUCUUAGAUGUCGUUCAGCUGCUUGUCAGCAGUGGUGCCGCACCCACCGCGCCCACUACUGACGGAAAAGUGCCGUUGUGCUUGGCUGCGGCCAACGGGCACUAUGACGUUCUCAACUAUCUCCUCAAGAAAGAACACGAUACGCACGUUCUCAUGAGCGACAGUAGCUUCCUCAUCGAUUUGAUGAUCUCCAGCAAAGCCCACCAAAAUAAACCCGUCCUGGAGUUUGUACUUGUGUCUGCGGCUCCCAUCGAGACGGCUGCCAAAAUGGCCCGGAGCUAUUCGCUGCUCAGCCUCAAAGAGAAGGAUCGUGCCAAGGACCUCGAAGUGAUGGCACUGUUCUGCGAGAACAUGGCGGCCGACCUGCUCGGCAUCACAGCCAUCUCCUAUAACACGGGUACUCUCCUCAGGUCGGUGGACUCGGCAAACCAGCCGUUCCUAGACGUCCUCAUCGAGCUUCAGCAGAAAGAGGUGGUCGCACAUCCGGCCGUGCAGAAGUAUCUCACGGACCUCUGGACCGGUAGUUUGAGUUGGGCCAGUUGGAAGAUGUCCACCCUCUUCCUCUCCUUCCUCAUCUGUCCGCUGGUGUGGGUGGCCUUCUCGCUGCCCCUCGGACAUCGCUACACCAGCAUCCCCAUCAUCAAGUUCAUGUCCUACCUCGUCUCGCACAUCUUCUUCAUCGUGCUGAUCACCUUCACCAUCGUCAACCCGUGGUUCCCGCUCUGUAAGUCUACCAAUCUCAUCCCGCAGGUACACGAGUGGCUGCUGCUCUUCUGGCUCAUCGGGCUCUGGGUCUCGGACGCGACCAACCCCAAAGACAGGGAGGGCCUCGGCUUCAUCAAGGUCAUCAUCAUGGCCGUGGGGUUCAUGGGCAUCGCCACCCACAUCAUCGCCUUCGUGCUUCCCGACGUGCACUCCAUCCUGGUGUGCCUCUACAUCCGGAACCAGUUCCUCGCGGUGGCCCUCCUGCUCUGCUUCGUCGAGUUCCUCAAUUUCCUGACUUUCCAUCACCUGUUUGGACCGUGGACCGUGAUCAUCCGGGAUCUCAUCAAGGAUCUGAUGCGUUUUCUGGCCAUCCUCGGCAUCUUCCUGGUGGGGUUCUCACUGCACCUCUGCGCAAUCUACCAGCCGGUGUUCCAGCCUCAGGGCGCCGACAACCUCACUCUAGUCGUAUUCCAGUCACCCAUCGACACCUUCGAAAUGCUAUUCUUCGCUCUAUUCGGCUUGGUGGAGCCAGACUUCAUGCCUCCAAUGCAUUUAAGCCCCGGCUUCUCGAAAGCGAUCAUGAAAUGUGUCUUUGGCGUAUACAUGAUGGUUACAGUCAUCGUACUAAUCAACCUUCUCAUCGCCAUGAUGUCUAACACUUACCAGCGGAUUCAGGCCCAAUCUGACACUGAGUGGAAGUUUGGGCGAGCGAAGCUCAUCAGAAAUAUGAACAAGACCUCACCUUCACCGUCACCCAUCUGCCUCUUCACUAUCCUAGGGGAGUUCUUCUACCGAUGCCCCAAAAAAUGCACCGGUGAGUUCAGUGCGAAGUCACAGCUGCACUUACUGAAAUCGAAGCGCGAAGCAGCGGUUCAAAGGGGUGAUGUGCCUAGGAUCAUGCCUGCUGCCUGGCAGAGGAGGUGUACAAGGAGGUCACAACAAAUCAUGCCUGUUGUUCAAAACUUGACUGCUGGACGACCCAUCGCCAAGGUUGUCGACUGGCCAUCCAUCGUGCUCAAGUACAUCGAAGUGACCGGCCUGGACAUCAAGAUGGAGCUGCCGGAAGAAGACAAGCCCGGCGACUGAAAGGGUCUCUCCCACUCUGGUGCUUCCUACCCGUCGAUGGCGAGCUCCAUCCAUCACACACAAGCGACUUCCCGGUUUUCCUUCGAGGGGCGACUGAGCCCAGGCAGGUCCCCUUAGCGACUAACUACAAGCACACAUGGAUCAAACAACGGACAAUGCAUAUUUUUUAGAACGAUAGACUUUUUCACACCAGCCGUGAGAAGCAUGUACAUGUUAUAUAUAAAUAUAUAUAU